AUGGCUGUGAGGCUCUUCGAAGGGAAAGAUCAUGCAGUGGCCUAUCUGCAGUACCGAGUGAUGCCCCAGGAGCUGAUCAGCGUCGUUAUGGGCUUCAUGGAAAAAAGGACGAAGAGUUUCCACCUUGCAGUAGACGUUGGCUGCGGUUCAGGUCAAGGGACGGCCCUCCUAGCUCCGUUCUUCACCAAGGUGAUUGGAACAGACGUCAGCCCUGCCCAGCUGGAGAUGGUGCCCACCAAUAGCAGCCCUCCCAAUGUUUCAUACAGACAGUGUCCAGCCGAGGAGCUGCCCUUCGAGUCCGGGGAGGUGGACCUGGUGACGGCCAUGACGGCGGCCCACUGGUUCGACCGCGAGCGCUUCCUGCAGGAAGCUUACCGGGUGCUGAGGCCGGGAGGCUGCCUGGCCCUACUCAGCUACACCAUGGACAUGGAGCUGGAGUACGGGGACGUCUCCGACGCCCUCAACGACAUCUGCAAAGAGUUCUACGCCAUUCUGUUUCCAUACCGAAACCCCCACAUCGGAACGAACUCCGUGAAGAUCUACACAGACAUGUUCGACUCCUGUCCUUACCCCGACAAAGAGUGGAACCAAUGUUUCCGCAUUAAGAGGACCGUGACGCUGAACGGCUUCAUCGGCAUGGUGGAGACCUUCUCCAACUACCAGAAGUUCAAACAAAAGGACUCUGCCGAGGCCGAGCGGCUCUCCUCCAACUUCCGAGACAAGUUGAUGUCCGCCAUGAAGGCGUCGUCUCCGGACGCGGAAGUUACAAUGAUUGUGAAGUACUUCUACUGGCUGGCACGGAAACCGUGA